AAAUUAAAUUUUGCCGAGAAUUCCAUUUCCUCUACUUUUGCUGUGGCGUACAAAAAGAGAAAACCGAAAGGGAAGAAACGAAGCGCUGAGGAAGAAAGCCUAAAAAGAAAGUCAGCAGUACUACUCACCAUGAAAAAGACGAAAAAGGAGUGUAGAGACAGAAAAAGGGCGUUAAUUGUGGCUAUGCUAACUGCUUUUGAUUCAUGGAGAAAUGAAUUUUUUGGUAAAGUGCGGCCCACGCGGGAGAGCUCUCUCUCCUCUCUCACAGAUAUCUACUGACCUUUCUUUCCCCUUAAGCUGUGUGCCCAUUCGGUGAAUUCCCCUGCAACAAGUCCGUGGAAGGUUGCGUCGUGAAAUUGUUUGAUGAAAUGCGUCUUUGAACUAUUGGAGUUGGAGCACAGAAAGAGAAGAAGCUUGGUUUUUCAGUUUUUGUUUUCCUGAGUUGGCUUGCAGACGGGAAGAAGGGUGAUCAUAUAUGGCUGGCACUGAGGACAUGGAGAUUCUUUUAUUGUGCUGCAAAAUUAACAUCCAGUGGAUCAUAGAAGGAGGAAUUAUCGUAAAUCUGUAGGAAGAGAGAUAUAGAGGAAGAAAAGUUUCUGAUUCCUUCCCUCCUUGGAGAACAGAAGCAUAUCAUCGGCUAUAGAUUUCAUGAAAUUAGAGAACAGCAAUACUGUUAUUCGAGCAUUUGUUCUGCGUUGUUAGCUGCUGCAACGCUUCUCUGGCAUAUUGUAGCGAAUUGUUGCAUUUCAGCUUGGCACUAAGAAUGGCAAAGAAAUCGCACAAACUUCUUACACGAUGGAGAAAGGAGAACAUAGGCUGUAUGUGGGGUUUGAUCAGCAUUUUUGACUUUCGCCGAGGCCGUUCUACUCAGAGGUUGCUUUCAGAUAAGAAAUGUGGCAGUUCUAGAAAUUUAGGCAUUAGAUAUACAAGAAACAAAGUUGGUCUCCCAUGUAAUAUAAAUGAAAGUGAUGGAGAUGUUGGUAGUAUAACCCACAUAUCUGAUACUGAAGCUGAGAGUAAUGCGGGUUCGUUCGACAUGCCGAGGAAGAAAGAGCUUUCGAGAGCACAUUACUCAAGGAGGGACUUCGAUUCAAAACUUGAAUGGAUAAAAGCUGAGUUUGGAAUUGGAGUCAAUCCUGAGAAGAAUAAUAAGGAAGCAACUAUGAAUGGUGCAGUUGGCUUUGAAAAUAAUUUAAUUUCUUCUCCAAGUUCGAUAUCGCAGCAGUCUGAUUAUCCCAGUGUGUCGACUAUACAUUCGUCUGAGUUAAAACUAGGCGAAUUUAUGUUAGAAUUCUGCAACAGUGGCUUAUAUUGCAAAAGAAAACAGUCUGAAUUUGAAAAUAAGACGGACAAUGUAUCUGUGAGUAUUCUUGAGAAGGCCAUUGUUGAUUUAACUGAGGCUUUUCUAAGGGAGAAUUCUAACAACUUGAGUCAGAACAUAGAGUUUCAUCAACCAAAGGGCAUAGUUGAUGUGUUAGAGAUGCUAAAUUUAAAUAAGGAGCUGUUCUUCAAGCUUCUUCAAGAUCCAAACUCACCUAUCAGAAAGCAUAUUCAAGAACUUCAGAAUGUUCAGCUUAGUAGUAAAUCUUUUGAAUCCAACCAGAAGAAGUUGUUAGGGGAAUCAAAGAAGUUUCAGAAACAAAAUGAAGGAGAUGAUGUGAAAGGUCCAAAUAAAAUUGUUGUUUUGAAGCCCGCUAAGAUGAGAAAUCAAAAACUUUCGUAUACAGUAGCUCCAACUGCUUCUAUUCGAUCACUUUGUAAUAUUGGAAAUGAAGAAGGUGGAGAGAGAUCUUCAUCUCAUUUUUCGCUCAAAGAAUUCAGGAAGAGGUUCAGAAAUGUAAUUGGAACAAGCAAGAAGGAAAAGCAUAGAAUUGCCAUGGAUGGCAUCAUGCAUAAUAUUCCAUAUGGUGAACAGAUAUCCAGAAAGAAUGAAAAUUUCUGCAGAAGAGAUCAGACUAAACAUGGCGAACAAAGGAGAUCAGAUACCAAAGAAAUUAGAAAAAAAUGUGAAUUUUCAAUUGCUUCACAAACUGCUGGCCGUGAGAAAUUGAGCAAAAAUGCUGCUUUCUGUGAUGAAGCGAAGAGACAUCUUGCUGAGUUUCUUCGGAUUGGGAGCGAAAAUGAAUCAUCGUCUCCCGUUCUGGUAUCAAAAUCCUUGGGUAGAAUCCUUUCUUUUCCCGGAUUCGAUUACUCGUCUCCAAGACAUAAUCUGGUUAGAGAGAAAGAAGCCGAGUCUCUCCAGAAACAGACUUCUUCGCUUCUAUAUCAUUCCAGACAAAGAAAUAGUACAGAAAAUUUGGAUCUCUUGAGGAGCAUUGAGAGCUUCCCCAACACUGAUAAAAUCCAGGAAGAUGAAAAAGAGAUUAUGGAGAUUGUGGGAACUAAAGACAAUGAAUGCAUUCAAAUUGAAGAUGAUCUUCUUGGUGGAACAAUCAAGGAGGAAACUCCCAUGCUACUGGAGCCAGAGCAAGAAGCAAUAUUUGAAAUAUCAACUCCAUCAACCCCCAUCCCCUUGAGCUCUGUGACCUUACAAGAACCUAACGAUACUGACUGCACCGCAGAGAAAGCCGGCCGUCCAAGUCCAAUAUCGGUUCUCGAGCCUGACACCUUCGAAGAUAUAAACACUCCCACAAGCUUGAUAAGACAGCACGAAAAAGCAGCCAUUGUUGAGACACAAACACAGCUUAAAGGAUGUCAAAUUGGUAAUUCUGCAGCUGCUUCAGGCGAAGCAGAUUCUGAAGAAGACGGAUUAAAAUGCACAGAAUUCAAUGAAGCUUUGUUGUUUGAUGAAUUAGAAGUCUCCUACGGCUUGUUUUUCGAUGAUCCAAAGCUUCUCUUUGAUUCCAUAGAUGAGGUGCUUACUGAAAUGAAGGAGAGGCAUUUUGGUUGCAGUCCAUGGGUGUCUUCUAUGAAAUCAACCAUUUGGUCAACACCUGAACUGAAAUAUUUCAGGAAGAAAGCAAGCGGAAGGUUGAACUGGAAUUUGGAUUUGCAGUUUCCAAGCACAUUGAAGCAGGCUGUGGAGAAGGAUUUGGAAGGUAGAGUUUGGUUUGAUUUUCAGUUUGAAGCUGAUGGUGCUGCAGGUGAGAUUGCAGAUGUCAUCUUUGAAUAUUUAGUUGAAGAAACAGCACUGGAAUUGUGGGAUUGAUCUUUGAGGGUUCAUUGUGCAAAUAAUGGUUGAGAAAAAUAACAGCUUGGUGGCAUCUAGUUUUUCUUUCUUUCUUUUCAUUUUGAGUGGCUUUUUUAACAUAGGAAUGGCUUAAAUCUCUCUC